AUGGCUCCACUGAGCAGAGCUACCGGCCCAGCCGGUCCUGCCUCUGGCUUCACUUCAUUAAACCGUAACCAAAGGCCCACAACCCACCCAGCGGUUAUUGAGAUUGAUGAUGACGAUGAUGAGCCUAUGGAGGAUGAAGAGGAGGAAAUAGACGAAGAGGACCUUGAGUUCAACAGUGAUGAGGAGGAGGAAAUGGCUGAUGGGGAUGAAAAUGGAGACGAGGAGGAGGACCAGUCCAUCGAAGAUAUGAAUGGAAGCGAAUCGCCUCUUGAUUUAGUUGCAACUACAAAUGGACAACGCGGAUUUGACGUGACUGCUUCGGAAUUCUUCACUUCAGCCGGCGCACAACAGGCAUUACAUCCCCUUCGACGAACUGCGGACCGGGUUACGCGCCAAAUCGAAGCUUUUGCAGAAAAGCUAGACCGGUUCAAACAAAAGGGCAAUCGCGCCAACGAGUUAGGGAAUUACCAAGCCGUUUACCAAUUAGUGAAAGACUACCAAACCAUCGCGGAAGAUGCCAUCCACGACCUUUCGAAGCAGAAUACCCUAAAGAGAGCGAAGAUGGGAUGGAGUUCUAGCCGGGGUAAUGGCAUUACAUCAAAUGAUCCUAAGACGGAGGAAGAGCUUCAGCGGUUACAGUUGGAAGCAAACACUUGGAAGCUUCUCCUGAACCUGAUCAGUGUCGAUGGCCCUUCUAGCAGAGCUAGUUUCCGCCAGACACAGGAAACUGUCUUUCAGAAGCUUCACCGAUAUUCUACUGAUCGAGAAGUUUGGGACCAAUUCUUGAAGGCAGACCAAUAUGCGCUAGAAUGUAUGGUCACAAUGAAAUGGUUGGAGCACACCGCCCGAUUCUCUAGCCAAGAUAUUGAUUCUUUAAUAUCGGAGUUAGAGGCACAAGCAGAACGAGGACAGGGUCUUUGGUCUCAUGGCUGGCUUUAUACGAAGGAGACUAUUAAGGGCCAAAAGCGACUGCGCGCUUGGCCUCAGCCUCUUGAGCCAAAUGACCCCGGGGUUACCGCUUCGCUUCUGACGUCUGAACAGUCUGAACCUCUAAUUACCCAGCUAGACCCAGAUGCUGUCACUCGUCAGAAGCAGAACCUUCAGAAACAGGACCAGUUCUAUGAGCGUGCUACCUGGAUGACGUGCUGGAAGCUGCUAAGACAGGGAGAAAACUGGACUAAAAUUAGAGAUUGGUCGGCAGAGCGGCUUGAGAAUUGGCGGGCAGUGAGCAUUUGCGGCUCGAGCGUCGAUGGGAACUCUGGCGGAGGGAAUACACCCAUUGACGAUGGCGCAACUCGCAUGAUGAACUGGCGGUCUCAAGAUUCGUGGCGAGCCGCCUGCUCUAGUCUGGCGCGGGACCCCAAAACCGAAGAUUUCGAGCGUGCCGUUUAUGCACUGUUGUGCGGUGAGACGGAAGCAGCCUUCAAAGUCUGUCAAAGUUGGGAUGACUAUCUCUACGUCUAUUUCAACAAUGUCCUUCUUUCUCGCUACCGAGGGUUCUGCAAGCAGUUCCAGAGAAAACUUAACCAUUCUCCUACGACGUCCGUAGGCUUCACCCCUGAACCCGUCGGCUAUGCAGACUUCAAUAAGUUUGUGCAGUAUACCAAGGGUAAUGAUCGAAUUGGCGGCGAAGCUCGCAACCCGUAUCGCACAAUCCAAGCCGCAAUCUUGGGGAAGGGAUAUGACUCAUUUUUCACGUCUCUGGCUAAAGCUGUAUCGCAAGCGGCGUUGAACAAGGAGCACUCUACCUUUGUGCCUGAUCUAUCGCCAACAUUUGUUGACGACUCUCUCCUUAUCGCCGCUGAGGAUAGUGAUGCGCUGAGGAUCGCUACUCACCUCUAUAUCAUCGCUAGCUCCCUCGGCUAUGUGCGCGUCGACACUCAGUUUUUCGAUACCGCAUCUGUGAACGUCAUUGGUUAUAUUGCCAACCUGGAGGAGGCUGGUAUUCUUGAAAUCAUUCCGCUUUACGCUUCUCUUCUCCCAACCCAUUUGACCCAUUCUGUUAUGGGACAAAUCCUUAUUGAAAUCACUGACCCUAGGGAGAGGAGGCUUCAGGUGAAGUUGAUGCAUAAGCAUGAUGUUGACGUCGAAGCUGUCCUUCGAGAUCAAUGGACGUGGAUCACUUCUAGUGUCUCUUCUGUUGAGCAUUCCAGGGCUGUGAGGCGCUACCCGAAAGUCAUCAGUCGCAAGGAUGGAAACCGUGAAUUAGCGCCGGUAAAAAAGGAUUUUAUCGGAACAGACCUCUCGAGGGAAGACGAACGAAUCAUACGCAGCCUCGAAUGGCUCAGGUAUAUUGAAGGACAGUGGGGUAGAAUCUGCUACCUGGGUGCUCUACUUUACCGCAAGUUUUACACCACCGGCAAACUCCCCGCAGCCCGAGAGCUGAGCAGGCGCAUGCGAUUGUCCGACAUAUCUCGAGAAUCGUUUGGAUUUGAUGUUGCCGAUUUCCUCAUGGAUGUCGAGGAUGGAGUUGAGCCUAAUACUCCGGAGUCUUCGAGCCCAAGCAAAACACGAGUAUUUGGGCAUAAGCGGAACAAGUCCUCGGGUAGUGGCUUGCCAUCCACUAGCCAGACAAGGCUUUUGUCCGAACAGUCACAGACCAUGCGUGAUCUCGAAGAGCUUAUACUUGCAUUUGAUGCUCUAGAGAAGUUUGCGGUUAUCUGCGACAAACUUGACAAAACAAAACGCCGACGGGACUCUGGCACCGUCAAGGGCCUGAAGGCAGAUUUACAGGACGCCCUAGAUGAAGUCAGUCAGCAUAUCGACGCUGUACUCUAUGAGUGGCUCAUUAAUGCUCAAGAUGAAGCCGAACAAGCCGAGCUGGAGGAGAUCCGAAAUACCUACAUCCCAGAAUUGUUCCUCGACUACCACAGCGCUCUAUACUACUCGGCGCAUGUUAUUAGCAGUGAUAUCCUGGUGCAGUGUAUGAACCUGGCGAUGCAGGUAGCUGAGAACGAGUACCUGACGCGCAGCUUCGUGUCGUCCCAACGAAUGGCGGAGCUGGUGGACGCGUUGGCCCUGUCCAGCAAAGCCAUGGUCAAUGCACGUGCGAAGUCGAAUACGAGACUGUUAGGCGGCGAGUCUUUAGGCAUCUGGAAUGUGGAACUGCCGGCGGACGAGGAGAACGAAGUGCUCCGUGAGGCGUAG